GCAGCAAACUCAGUCCGCAUGGCUCAGCAGUCACCUGGAAAAUGUUGAGUUCAUUGUCAACAGCGAAUUGAUCUGCUCUCGUUUUCCCCUGCUAUGAUGGAGCGAGACCUGCGGAUGAAAAGACCAGCCAGCAUUUUCCGACUAGGAAAUUGACGCCGAGGCCUCCAACAGUAAACCGUACAUGGUAGCUGUCCCUGUCCCGCUCUCGCCACUUGGAAAUUUCAACUGAGGUUUUCUCAAUUUUGCAGGAUGGCCUGGUGACGUGAGCAUGGAGAAGAGCAGACCCAAGUCUCCAGGGUCUGAGGAGGCGCGCCCUCCCAAGGUGCCCAAGGCGCUGCCGGUGCUGCAGCCCGCAGAGCUGGACACAGGGGUCUCCAGCUGCAUCGAGACCAACUACUGCAUCCCCUCCUACCUCUCAGAGGCCAUGCAGAUGAUGCAAAUGAUGCGCUCGCACCGCAUGCUGACAGACGUGGUGCUGGAGGUCGGGCAAGAGUUGAUCCACUCGCACAAAGUGGUGCUGGCGGCCGCCAGCCCCUACUUCAAGGCCAUGUUCACGGGUGGGCUGCGCGAAGCCGACAUGGAACGGGUCAAGUUGCAGGGCGUGUGUCCGACGGCCAUGGCCGCCCUAGUCCGCUUCAUGUACACAGGCACCAUCAACGUGUCUGAACUGACCGUCUGCCAGCUGUUGCCGGCCGCCACAAUGUUCCAGAUUAAUUAUGUGAUUGACGCGUGUUGCUCCUUCCUUGAGAGGCAACUUGAUCCGUCGAACGCAAUCGGCAUCGCGUCCUUCGCUCAGCAGCACAGCUGCGACGACUUGUUUUGGAAGUCGCAACAUUUUAUUGAGCGAUAUUUUACACAGGUGUGCCAAGAGGAAGAGUUCCUUCAAUUAUCACCAGCACAGCUGGUGAACCUAAUAAAACGGGAUGGACUGAACGUGCAAGAGGAGAUGCAAGUGUACGAGGCGGUGAUGAAGUGGGUGCGCUACGACGAGGAGACCAGAUCUCCAAAGAUGGAGAACAUUUUGUCGUCAGUUCGGUGCCAGUUCCUCACGCCAACCUUCCUCAAGCAACAAAUGAAUAAUUGUGAUGUUUUGAGGCGGUUACCUGCAUGCAGAGAAUAUCUGGCUAAAAUAUUUAAGGAUUUGACUCUGCACAAGGCGCCUUGCGAAAGGGAGAGGAAACCAAAUACCCCAAGGCUGAUUUACAUUGCUGGAGGCUACCUCAGGCAUAGCUUGGAUAAAAUGGAGGCCUACAACGUCGACAACCAAACGUGGAGGGAGCUUGCAAAAUUGCCUGUCCCUCGAUCCGGUCUCAGUGGAGCUUUUCUCAAGGGCGUCUUCUAUGCAGUGGGUGGACGCAAUAAUUCACCUGGCUCACAUCAAGAUUCAGACAGGGUGGACAAGUACUGUCCAGGACAAAACCAGUGGCAGCAGUGCGCGCCUUUGUCAGUGCCUAGAAAUCGUGUGGGUGUGGCCGUGAUGGACUGCAUGGUGUACGCGGUCGGGGGCUCGGCAGGGUGCGACUACCACAAUUCAGUGGAGCGGUACGACCCCGAGGAGGACAAGUGGAGCCAGGUUGCGCCGAUGCACCAGCCCAGACUGGGAGUCGGCGUCGCAGUGGUCAACAGACUGCUCUAUGCUAUUGGUGGAUAUGAUGGCAAGGACCGCCUCAACACGGCUGAAGUCUACCACCCAGAGAAUAAUGCAUGGCACAUGAUCGCCCCUAUGAGGACGAGGAGGAGUGGGGCUGGUGUCGUAGCUCUCGGCAAUAAAAUUUACGUUGUUGGAGGUUAUGAUGGGAACAAUCAACUGGAAACUGUGGAGUGCUAUGACACGGAAACCAACACAUGGGAGCAAGUUGCCUCAAUGUCAGAACCAAGGAGUGCCUUGAGUGUGACAACUCUAGAUGGAAAACUCUAUGCAAUGGGAGGCUAUGGGGGCCAAGGACAGUCAUUUUUAUCGAUAGUUGAAGUAUACUACCCUGAAUUGGAUCAAUGGCAACGGGGAACUGAACUAACGUGUGGAAGAUCAGGCCACGCAUCUGCGGUAUCGUACCACCAGUGUCUAGUGCAUAGGGACCAACAGAGCACAAAGUGAAUAACUCAUUGAAUUUGAAGACAGAGUGGAGAGACAAUGAAUGUAUUUAUUAAUAAACUGCGCACGCCUAGGGUGGAGCAAAUUUUGUACGACUAGUCAGAAGUUUUACAAGAAUAUAAUUUGUUUUGAGUUGAUUUUUAUACUAAAAUCAAUGCCUUCCUCAAGCCUGUGAAGUAAUUUGUAAGUGUUUUGACUGCGUAUAAUUCUGCGUAUUUUACUAUGUGUCGAUAUCACAAUGCAUAAUUAUUAUAUAUUUAUAUUCUGUAAAAUACA